AUGACGGUCAAUCCUGAGCUUUUCGACGUGGAAACGGACUCGGACGAGCUCACAGAUGACACCACAUGGGCCCAGCACGCGGCUCUGGCAAACGAAGUGCUGCAGCAGCUUGAAGGAGCUUCUCUGAGCUCCACAUUCCGAUUGGCAAGCGGCGCAGGCACUUUCUACGAGCCGCUGUGUGAUCCGCAAUAUCGAGCGACUAUCGAAGAUACCUACGAAGAGACGGUAGCGCCAUUUCUGCUGGGCGGGCACAAGAAGACAAUGAUUGGAGUGGAAUAUCCUGUUGUGGAGAAUGGUGUGUGGCUGGAUGCGCCUAGACAGCCCGAUGGAACGUCGUGCGGCGUUAUGGUGAUAGCCCAGGUGUAUUGCAUGCUGAAGGAUAACUUCCGAUUUACCAAGGCCACAGUUUCAGCCGAUGACGUUGCCGUCAUGCGACUACGUAUUAUGUGGAUGAUACUGAUGCAACCUGCCUGA